CCAGGCCCGGGGACCCCCCCCUCCCCCCCCGCUGCGGCUCGAGGCCUCCCGGCCCCCGGGGCAGCAUCGGGCCCCGGCCGGGCCCAGCCCGCAGGCUGUCGGGGCAGAGAAGGGGCCGGAAAUCCCGAGAGCCCGAGCCCCCCCUGGUCCCCCCGCCUCCAGACGCCCGCUUCCGCUCCCGCGGCGACCCCGGGGCACAUGCCCCGCGUCCCCCGCCCGCUCUCGCUGCCCCACGCGCGUGGUGUCUGAGGUGGGCAGCCAUGUGGGGAAGGCGAGCAGGACACCCUCAAGAAUUAAGCAGCAAGUACCCGAUGAACCUGUUGCACCAGGAUGCUGUGCCCCAAAGGUGCAACCCGUCCAAGGACAGUGACAUCAGUCUGGAAGUGUUUAGUGGCUCAACCCCUGAACUCAAGCAGAGCCAUAAAGCAGCUCAGCAAGCACGGGGCAGGAAAGCCCGCAAAGCUGACUCCAGGGACUCCAAUGGGAGGGAGACGGAAACAAUUUCCUUUAUCUCUGGCAGUGCAGAGGCUCCGCAGGCCCAGAGCUCUUGCUGUUCCUCUUUGUCUCAGGCCUGGAGCACCUACAAAGCUGUCUUCUGCUGUAUAGUGACCUGUGGGGGCUGCUUUCAGGACUGCAGCGUUCGUAUCCCCUACACCGGACAUGCUGAGAUUUUGGUAGAUGAUGGGAAGAACAGAGAGUAUAACGGACGGCUGUCUAACAGUAGUCCUGUCAACCUGUCCCCCACUGAAAAGAAUGGGAACCCAAGCAGGAAGCCUGUUAUGGGGAGCAGCUUCAGUUACCCAGAUGUGAAACUGAAGGGUAUCCCUGUCUAUCCCAAUCGGAGCCCCAGCCACCAACUAGAAGCAGAUUCAUGCUACAAGGAGCCCCUACCGGAGAAGACCUUCAGGAACAGCAUAGAAAAGCCACCGCUCCCUGGCAGCCAGCGGAGCUCUGAGGAGUAUUACUCCUUCCACGAGUCUGACCUGGACCUCAGCGAGAUGAGCAGCUCCAUGUCCAGCAGGGAGAUUGAUGUCUUGAUCUUCAAGAAACUGACGGAGCUGUUCAGCGUCCAUCAGAUCGAUGAGCUGGCCAAGUGCACGUCGGACACAGUCUUCCUGGAGAAGACUAACAAGAUCUCAGACCUCAUCAACAGCAUCACUCAGGAUUACAACCUGGAUGAGCAGGAUGCGGAGUGCAGGCUGGUCCGAGGCAUCAUACGCAUCAGCACCCGGAAAAGCAGGGUCCGGCCACACGUUUGUAUCCCUGCGACCCAGAGCCACGAGGCGAGGACAAGCAGAGGCAACCCACCAGACAGCGGCAACGAAACCAUGCCGGAGUCCAUAGUCAUCAGCCAAGACGAUUUGGCUGUGCAGAUAUCAGAGGAAACAGCAGCAGAUGUCAUAGCCAGGAACAUGAGGCGGCACAGCGCUGCAGGAUCUCCAACAAGCAGAGAUUCCUCCUUCCAGGACACAGAGACUGACUCAUCCGGGGCACCUCUGCUUCAGGUUUACUGUUAGGUAAAUGGACCGAAGCGGCGUGCUGUGAGCGCAGAGGUUGCAGAGUCUUAUUGCACAUGGAGUUCCUCGUCCUUUUAACACAAAAUAUGCUGUGCCACUUUAUUUUUUCAAUUACUUUUCCUUGCUUCACACCUAACUUGCUCCUUGGCCUGUGGGUCAUGUUGGAGGUUUUUGGACUGUAACAUAACCCUAAGGAAAUGGACUGUGAAACUAGUGAGCAGCAAAGGAAUCUGUUGUGCCUUUGUGAGAGCUUGAAAUUUUAUUUCCACUCUCAGAGUUCAGCUUAGCUCCCAAAGGAUCUCUGUUGUCUGACAGUUGCUCAGCUCUGAGUAUAAGCUGUAUAGUUUUUACUCUUCUGGCACUGCAGGCGUUAUGUAGCUUUUCCUUUCACCACUCCCCCGCCCCAGCAGUAUCUUUGCAUUUAUAGCAGUUUUGUUGAGGGGGACUAUCUCAGGAAGGAGAGAGGGUCGUUUAGUCUCCACAGUUCAUUUAGUGCUUGGUCUCUUUAUGGAGGCGGCUGAUAAAGCAACCAAAUGAAAUGGUGCCACCUGUUAUAUGGACAGCUUCGAUGCGAUGCACUCUACUGAGAGCCAGCUUUCAUCACCGUUACUAAACAGCCAGUGGGUACCUUGCUUUCAGUCACUGCCAAAGUGGUGUGAAUCGCUGACACAAGGAAUUAAACAAUUACAGGUAUUGGUUUGUAACUUGUAUGCUAAUUGGGAUCCCCUACUUUCCUCUCACAGCAUCAAUGACUUUGGGGUCUAUCGUUCACUUUUUGGGGAGACCUCAGAACUCGGGUCUUGGCAGGGAAAAGAAAGACCUGGUUUUUAAUUGCAAAGCUCUGCCCGUUAGCCCACAGAGAAGCUCUGCCUAGGUGUUUGAGAGCUAAACUGCCUUGUCAUCCUUUCAGUUACAAAACAAGUAGCUUGUCCUUUGCUACCCUAUAGGCAUUACCACUUGAGAGGAGGAGCUUUGCAGCUUGCAAAGCUCCAUACAUUUAUUUUUUUUUUUUAAUCAGAACAUCAAACAAAGCUGGCUGUGAGAUUUAAGUGCCUUUGAAUAGAAGAAUGGCUGGUGGUCGAAUGGACCAGCAGUAAAACCAAGGAGUCCAGUGCUGCUAGCGUGUGUGAUAGAAGCAGAGGUGGGUUCUGGGCUCUGUCCUUGGUGUGCAGCCCACAUCUGUACCUAUGCAAAUUUGAAGGUGGCCUUGGCUUAAAGGUUGACUCUACAGUCUCUGUACGUCUCCUAGGCUUGAAAAGAUGUGGGUGCUGUAGUUCCUUGUCCACUCCCUGGGGCCUUCUGUACCUGACAACGGUGAGCAAAAGCCUUUGAAUCGUGCGGUUCACCUGACCCGUUUCAGUCCUCCUUGGACUCGAUGUUCUUGUAAAGUACUUGUUUUAAAAAAAGAGAAGAAAAAUCUAUGGUAUUUUUGUAAAUAAUGGACAUUGGAAAUGCUUAAUCAUGACGACACUGACUAGAUGAUUGCAUGUAGCCUGUUUAAUGUGAUUUUCAUAUCAUUUAAAGCUGCUUCCAACCUCACCUGUUUCUUUUGGGCGUCUGUUUUGGUUUGGACCUUUGGCAGGCUCGGAGAGAGGUUCUGGAAAUUUGGGGGGGUCACUGAGACUCUGGUGGCUUUGAGUGUCUUUUUGGCUUUGUUUUUAAAGCACUUGAAUGUAACAUUUUUAAAAGCUUCUCUCAAUCAUGGGAGGAGCUGAUCUGGGUUGGGGCAAGGUCUCCUGGGAAAGAGAGCUUGAUUUGUACAUAUGUAACUUUGCGUGCUGUAUUUACUUGCUGGGCCCUGCCGGCUUCUCGCUUCUGAACUGAUUUGUCAAGAGGUCGCUGGACAAGUUUCCAUUUUUAAAGUGCUCAUGUAAAUGGCACGGACGAGCCCAGCAGUUUUGUGUGGGUGGAACAUCUUGGAUAACGCCUGAAGACGUGACUUGGGGAAAAGCUGCCGGAAGUGGCUACAUGGAUGCAAUAACAGCUUUUCUUUUCACAUGUCUCUACAGUCACUUUUCUAGCCUUUGUCCUCAGAGUGCCUUCAAAUGUAUGUGGAUUAGCUUUGUAAAAAAAAAAACUGAGUCAGUCCCCAAAA